AACAAUUGAUGUAAACCUAUUAUCCUCAUUCUGGACAACUAAAGUAUUUCUACCAAACAUGAUCGAAAAUAAUCAUGGGCAUAUAGUGACAAUCGCGUCGGUACUCGGAUAUAUUGGUGUCGCACAAGCAGCUGAUUAUUGUGCCUCAAAAGCAGGGUUAAUAGGCUUCCAUGAUUCAUUACGAUACGAAUUAAAAGCGCGAUACAACGCGCCUAAAAUACGUACAACCCUAGUCUGCCCAGGUCAUAUAGGAACAGGCCUCUUUGACGGAAUAUAUGUCACAGCACCUUUCCUCACACCAUGUUUACCGCCCCUGGAUCUCGUAAAACGUAUAAUCACUGCGUUGGAUAGAAACGAAGGAACAGAUAUUUUUAUUCCAUAUUUCAUGUAUUUGUUUCCAUUUUUAAGAGCUGUUCCGGGAUUCGUUUAUGAUUUGGCGAUUCAGUUGGCAGGCGCUCAUAUCGGCAUGAAAACGUGGAUCGAUAAACGUGGGUUUCUCGAAAUAAAGAAAAGUGAAUAA